CGCAGGCGGCGCGGGCGGCGGCGGGCGGCGGCGGGCGCGCGGGGCGCGGGUCGGCUCGGGCGCGGAGGAUGAAGUGCAGCGUCCGCGGGGCCUGCGCCGCGCUCUCCUCCUGCCUGCUGCUCGCCUGCGCGCUCAGCGCCGCCGCCGUCGGCCUCAAGUGCUUUGCGCUGGGUUCAGAGCUGCGCGGGGAGCCGUUCCGCCUGGGCGCGGCCGCCGGCGCCUUCUACUCGGGGCUGCUGUUGGCCGCCGGCCUCUCGCUGCUGGGCGCCGCGCUGCUGUGCUGCGGGCCCCGGGGAGCGCCGCCCGCCGGACCGGGGUCCGCUCCGGGACCAGGUGCUGGGCUUGGUGUCCCCGGGGCCCCAGCAGCCCCCGAGGCGGCACCGGGCGAGGCGGGGGCGGUGGCUGGGGUCCCGGGGCCGGCAGGCGGCCAGAAUCUGCUGCUGCUGGGCGUCCUGGUGUUUAUGCUUGGCGUCCUCAGCGCCUUCGCGGGUGCCGUGAUCGACGGCGACACGGUGUCACUGGUGGAGCGCAAGUACUCGCACUACUGCCUGCCUGCGCGCGCACCGGCCGCGGCCCCCGGCCCUGCGCCCCCGGCCCCUGGCUCUGCGUCGCGCGCGCGCAACCCGCUGGACAGCGCCACGUCUGCCAAGUGCCGCCAGCUCAAGGACUACCAGCGCGGCCUGGUGCUCUCCACUGUCUUCAACUCGCUCGAGUGCCUGCUGGGCCUGCUCAGCCUCCUGCUCGUCAAGAACUACAAGUCUUCGCAGGCCCGGCGCGGCCGGCGCGGCCGGCGGAGGGGGAACCGGACCCCCUCGCGGCCCCGCAGUGGCCCAGGGCUCCGCGCGCAGCCCUCGGCCUCUCGAUCGCGGCGUGGCCGGCGGGGAAAGCGGGCGCGGAGGCUGCAGCCGCGGCCGAGUGAGGCCUCUAUUCUGUCUGCUGAGGAGUCGGACCUCGUUGGCCCCGGGGACUGCACGGGCUUCGCGGCGCACCACGCGGUGUCCUUCAUCAACGUGGGCGUCUUCCAUGCUCGCGACGAGGUGGGCGUGGAGGUGUGCUGUGGCGGCCACCCGUCGGUGGAGCUGCCAGGCUACGUGCCCUCGGACCCCGACCUAAACGCCUCUUACCCGUACUGCUGCCGGCCACCCUCUGAGGCCACGCGCCCUUGGGAGUCAGGCCGGGCCUGUUAAGCGCCGCGCGCCGCCAGGGGCCCUCAUCUCCGUUUCUCCUCUGUGUCGUUGGUAUCCGGAUUCCAUUCAAAGUUUACAACCCAUGUUUUGGGUAGGCUUUCCGACUGCUCUUUACCUUAGCGGAGUUCUUGGUUCCCUGAGGUUGUACUUGCAGGUCCCCGGUCGAGGGGACAAGAAUAGAGCGGCCAGCGAGGGUGACUUCCUGCGAGGACCAUGGCUGGGAGGACAGGGACGAAAGCAGCCGGUAUGUGAGGCUGGAGGAAGUGAAAAUCCACCCAACAGAACACUCUGUACACGGAUGUGCCUGCUUCUGUCGACCCUUUCUUACUGUAAACCUCUCUCCAUAAACAGUGAACAUGUUUGGUAAAUUUAUUGCAAUUUGAA